AUGGAGAAACCAUAUAUUGUUGGCGUAUGUGGCACAAUCACAAGUCGGAAGAGUGGUCUGUGUCGGGUGAUGAAUGAGUUUGGUAUAAUUACUAUUGAUUGUGACACGAUAGGACAUGACAUUCUCCAAAACGAAGAAGUCAAAACGAAAGUGUUGGCUUUAUUUGGCGACACCAUCUUAGACGAUUCAAAAACCGAGAUUGACAGAACAAAGCUUGCUGACAUCGUCUUUUCAAGCCAAUCCAAAUUAUCACAACUCAACAAAGUGACGUGGGACAAAAUAGAGGAGAUUGUUCUUUCGAAGAUCGAGAUUGAGAGAAUGAAAGGGACGAAAAUCGUCGGAAUAGAAGCCGCUCUAUUAAUUAAAACCAAUUGGGCAAAAUGGAUGGACGAGGUGUGGGUGACAGUAGUAUCACCCAAGAUUGCUCUCGACAAACUGACAUACGGUCGAGGACUCACACUACCCCAAGCCAAAAGUCGUUUAAAGUCUCAACCAAAGUCUUCUGAAUAUGUCCGUUUUGCCGACGUCUUGUUUGAUUCUCGGCACAACAAACGAACAAUGACCCGCAUAUUUCGAGAAGAAGUGAAAUGCCUAGUCGACCGAGUCCAUCGCAAAAUAUAA